AUGAAAAUGUUCAUUCCCAAUGAGGCUUUGCUUGUUGGAAGUGGUGGAGAGAGCACAGAAACUCUUUGUGAAAACUUGAGGAUCGCAAAAGUCUUGGAAGCUUUCUAUCCUCACCGCUCUGUCAUCCCUGAUCGCCCUUCAGUUUCAUCGGCUGUAGAAGAUGAAAGCUUUGACGACGGCAUAACUCCUAACAUCCGUCUCACUCCCAUCGAGGACGAACAUGCGGCUGUUGCUGCUGAAUCUUGUCACAGCCCCAAAUCCCCUUCAGCUGUUUUUGGACUUGGACCAGACUUGAAUCUGGCAGCUCUGUCUGCGUUGAUGAAUACCAAGGAACAGGGGAGUUUGAUCGAUGCUGAUUUACUUGUCAAGUUCCUCACUGACCCGGAAAUCAUCAAGAGCCUGAUGAAUGACAUUGCUGGUAAACCACUUGAAACAGGGAAACCUGGACUUGUUCUUCGGCCCGGGAAUGGUGUGACUAAUAUUGUCCCUGUUUCGGUUCAGUCCAGUGUUUGUGUAGCUACUCAGCCCGUGUCCAGUGCCCUAUCGAUGAACCAGAAACCUCCCUUGGAUUCUCACACUUAUCCAUCGUCUCCCGGGCUCAAGCCAUUGCCAAGGCUUGUAGAUUCCUUGAAACCAAUUCCGGUUGAUGAUGAUGUUGUAGUCUCAGUUCCAAAACCCCAAUCCCAAUCCCUUAACAAUUCAACUUCCAGCACUUGGAAUACGAUGAUGAACUCAGCGCCAGAUGCUCUAAGCAGUAAUGGUGCAUACCCGAUGAAGAUAAACCGGGAGGAUCCGGCUUCUGCGAAACAACCCGUGAAAAACUUAGACUAUUUCAAGAACCUUAUUAGGGAACACGGGGGAGUUACUCCGGCGACAAAUGAAACUAACAGUUACAAAGGAAGGGUGGAAAACAGUAUGAGACUAGUAAAUGCCAAGGCUCAGAAACCGUGCAUCUUCUUUGGUAAAGCCAGAGGGUGUAAGCUUGGCGAGAGUUGCUUAUACCUUCACGACCACUCUAAACGGUUCUCUGCUGCACCCGAGUUCCCCAGAGCUAAGAGAACCAAGUUUGGAACGUAA